CACACCCUGUCCGCCAAUCAGAGCACAGCUGCACCUUCCCCACCACAUCAUCUCAGUUUCCAAGGCAACAGGGCACCACCCCUCUCUGUUUCCCCUCUGAAAGGUGCCGCAUCAUCACCGUCCCCCCUCCCGUCCCUCCAUCCUCCCGUCCCACACCGAGCUGGCGGAUACUUUAGCGUUAGCAUCCUCUCUGCUAGCACCAUCUCUCUCUCUCUCUCUCUCUCUCUGCAGUGGGAUCGCCACAACAUCUAAAAGCACCUCCCCCCCCCCUCCCUCCCUCCCUCCCUCCCUGUCUCUCUGCAUCCUCCAACAUCCGACACCCAGGGAGAGAAGAAGGGAACGGGAUGGACUGAAGAGAAGAAGAAGAGAUGUGUUUACUCCAGUGAGGCUCGUCCGUAGGAAUCCUCUCUCUCUCUCUCUCUCUCUCUCUCUCACCAUGAGCUUCGCUGCUCUCUCGCCCGCGGCCCCCGAGCCUUCGUCCCCCGAGCCUUCGUCCCCGAUGGUGACCUCCGUCACGCCGACCCUUGACCCCGACACCUCCACCCGCCCUGCAGCCGUGAGCCCGGAGCAUCGGGACGGGCCCUCGUCUCCCGGGACGGGACCCAGCCGGGGCGGCUUCCCUGGGGGCGGAGCUCACCUGGGACGAGACCCCUCCCACAGGUCCAUCAAACCUCCGCCCCUCCACACCGGAGCCGACUGGAAGGUCGUCCUCCACCUGCCGGAGAUCCAGACGUGGCUGAGAGCGACCGGCGAGCGCGUCACGCGGCUCACGCUCUCGGCGGGGCAGGACGGAGACAACCGGCACGUGGACGUCCACCUGGUGCAGCUCAAGGACAUCUGUGAGGACAUCUCGGACCAUGUGGAGCAGAUUCACGCCCUCUUGGAGACGGAGUUCUCCCUCAAGCUGCUGUCCUACUCCGUCAACAUCAUCGUAGACAUCAGGACGGUGCAGCUUCUGUGGCACCAGCUGCGCGUCUCCGUCCUGGUGCUGAAGGAGCGGCUCCUUCAGGGCCUCCAGGACUCCAACGGGAACUUCACCCGGCAGACCGACAUCCUGCAGGCCUUCAGCCAGGACCAGCACCAGACUCGCCUGGACGCUCUGACGGAGGUGGACGCCGGCGGUCAGCUGACCAUCCGCUGCAGCCAGGACUACUUCUCGCUGGACUGCGGCAUCACCGCCUUCGAGCUGAGCGACUACAGCCCCGGCGACGAGGCCGGGGGGGGGGGGGAGGCGCAGGAGGAGGCGCAGGAGGAGGGGGAGGAGGAGGGGGAGGAGGAGGGGGAGGAGGCCGACGUAAUGAACGACAACCUGAACCGCCGUCCCUCGCCGGCACCCAGCAUGCAGUGCGGCGCCCCCAGCGAGAGCACCGAGCGCCGCCCGCCCGCCGGGGCAGGGGACGCCCCCCCGGCUGCCCCCCCGGACCGCUCGGCGUUCUGGUUGGAGCUGGACUCGGUUUACGCGCCCCCCCCCGCCGACGCACCCAGACAAACGGAGGGGACGCGGGGGGAGGAACGAGCGCACGCGGGGGGGGGGUCGGACUCCUCGUGUCCCUCCCCGAUGAGGGAGCGGCUCCUCUCCUCGGACCCGGAGGCCUCCGGGGAGGAGUCCGACCCCCCCCCUCCUCCCGGCAAGGCGGCGGUCUGGAUCGUGAGGCACCAGGGCCAGAAGGCCCCCCAGGCCUCCUCCACCAGCAGCCCGGACAGGGAGCCCUGGUCGGGGUCCGAGGAGUUCCUGGCCCUCCCCCCCCAGCUGCGCAGGACGGAGCAGCUGGCCCUGAAGCUGGAGAGCCUGGCUCAGUCCGCCCCCCCGAGGCCCAGCGACUCUACCCAGGAUGCUUUGCAGGACGUGGACGACUGGGACUUGACGGACUGGGACGACGUGCCGUCCCUCCUGCCUCCGCUGCUCCCUUACAGACGAAACCUGGUCAGCCGCAUUAGCUCCGCCUCCUCCAGCGACUUCGCUCUCUCACUGGACGAAAGCAUCGAGUCCGGCCCGCUGAGCGACCUGCAGUCCGAGGACGAGGAGGGGGGGGGCCCCACCCACCGCCGCCCGGGGCCCCCGGCGCCCCCGGUGGAGGGACGGGGGGGCGCGUGCGUAGUGCAGCGGCUGCUGGAGGACAUUCGGAGUCAGGACAACGACCCCAACAUCUGGAGGAAGAUAGAGGGCUUCGUGCAGCAGUUGGACGGGUUCAUCUCGUGGCUGCAGGAGGCGUUGGAAAGCACCGACAACUGGACGCAGCCCAGACAGGAUCUGGACAGCCUGAGGGCGUACCUGGACACACACCUGAGCUUCAAGCUGAACGUGGAGGGCCGCGGCACUCUGAAGGAGAGCCUGAUGGAGGAGGGAGGAGCUCUGCUCGCCAUCAUCAGCUCCCACCAAUCAGGUCUGAAGGAAAUCCUCCACAUGGUCUCCAGCCAAUGGGAUCAGCUCCAGCGGCAGAUCCGCCGCCAACACGGCUGGAUGCUCCGCGCCCUCCGCUGCAUCCAGGCCCGCCUCCUCUGCGCCGGCCAAUCGCAAGAGCCCCUCACUGCCCCAGGCGACGCUCCGGCCAAUCAGCAGGCUUCGCGCCCUCCCGACAGCCUGGAGCCCGAGCUGAUCCCAGGUCAGCGUGAGGCCCUGGCCGAGCAGAUGGCCGCGAGGCUGAGCGGACUGCAAGACCCCCCCUCAGCCAGCAGGGGGCUCUGCAGCCAGCUGGGGCGGAACGACAGUCUGCAGGAGUUCGAGGCCGAGUACCAGGAGCUCUGGGAUUGGCUGAUGGACAUGGACGCCAUGGUAACGGACAGUCACCAGCUGAUGAUGUCAGAGGAGCAGAGGCAGCACCUCUUCCAGAGCAGCCACGCUGAGCUGGUAGCGAUGGAGACCCGGAGGACCGGCCUGCUGGGCCGAGCCGAGUCCCUGAAGAGGAGCGGCGCCGAACUGCCCUCCAACUUCCACCGCAACGCGCACAACCUGACGCACACCUGGAGACAGCUGGAGAAAAUCCUCUCACACCACUCGGCCCCCGGCUCCUCCUCCUGCUCCGCCUCCUUCCGCCAGAGCGCGUCGGCGAGCGCCGUCCCGGAGGAGGAGGGGCCCCGCUCGGCCCUCUCGCCGCUCACCAACUCGCUGCUGGAGCAGCUGGAGGCUCGCAUCAAGGAGCUGAAGGCCUGGCUGAGGGACACCGAGCUCCUCAUCUUCAACUCCUGCCUGGGGAGGGACAAGGAGGCCUCGGAGCAGCUCGGCAGCUUCAAGUCGUUGUGUUCGGAGGUGCGAGCCCGGCGCCGCGGGGUCGCCUCGGUUCUGAAGCUCUGCCAGAAGCUUCUGCAGCAAAGUCAGUCGGGCCCCAUGGCGGAGGUGGGCCCCGAGGCGGAGCAGCACCGGGAGGCCCUGCAGCUGCUGUCGAUCAACCUGGAGAGAAGGUGGGAGGCGAUCGUGAUGCAGGCGCUGCAGUGGCAGAACAGACUGAGGAGGAAGCUGGGAGAGACGCAGGUCCCUAGCACCGCUCUGGAACCAGGUCUCGUGGACCUCCAUCAGAUGAGCCCGGUUGCGGUCGCUCCAGUAGACGACUCGUGGGAGUGGGACGAGACCGACAUGACCCCCGCAGAGCCAAACCUGCCCGUCGGGGGCAGAUCCACCACCUCCUCCACCUCCCAGGAGGUGUCUCGGCCCGACCCCAUCCCGCUCCCCCGGGGCGGAAGUCACGUCUACCAGGUGUACAGCCUCCACACCGUGGAGCUCUACAGCCAGCCUCGGCUUCCUCCCCGCGCCUCCUUCUCGGGGCCUGAGUCGGGAGCGCGGAAGCAGCAGCAGCUCCUGCUGAAGAGCGCCAGCAAGGACUCCUCCUUCUCCUCCAUGGAGUCCAUCCCGGACCAAGGCGUCGCGGCGGCACAGCGGGAGGGCGGCAGCGAGAGCGGCAGAGGGAGCGACCAGUCGGCCGUCGGCCGGCGGUCGGAGAGCGAGAGCGGCAUCGUCAGCGAUACAGGGAGCAAGGGAGAGGAGGAGGAGGAGGAGGAGGAGGAGGAGGAGGAGGAGCAAGGCAGGUUAGAAACAGUUGUUGGGACUUAUGUGGUUCCACACGUCGUCACUGAGUACAACCACAGAAGCAAGAAGCAGGAGAACAUAAAGGAGAAAGGAAAGAGGAGGGAUGAGAGCAGAAGGAAUAGAGAGGAGGAGAAAAGGAGGAGGAACAGGAGGGGGGGAGGUGAGGCGGUGGAGGUCCUAAUCAACGGGGCAGGGAUCCUGACUCCCGCCGACUCCGAGGUGGGAGGCGUAGACUCCUCCAAGCCCUCUACUCCCCACAGCAACUUCAAGGAGGUCGGUUCGGACCCGUUCACCGGUUUGCCGACUCCUCCUGCUCUCCGUUGCCAGGCAACCAGCCCGGUGUUCUCCCAGGGCUCCUCCUUGGAGUCUCUCCUGGCUCUUGGCUUGGAGCUGUUUCCCCCCAAGGAGCAGCUGCAUCGCAGCGCCUCCCUGGAGAGCUGCCUGAUCCCGGGCCGCGGCGCCGGAGAGACCAGGGACGGACCCGCCAGCCUCGGGGACCUGGACCCGGGGCAGAGCCGUGGGCCCGAAGGAGGCGCUCCGGGGGAGGAAGGAGAACCGUCCUCCGGGGAGCUCAGCCGGAGAACCUUGGACCUUCUGAAGCGCCUAGAGGACAUCCAGAGCCCCCUGGGGGAGAAGAUGACCCGCAGCGUGUCCGACAUGACGCUCCGGAGCGGCUCCCUGCCGCGGAGCGGGAUCACCUCCUCUCCGUCCCUCGGGGGCCGCCGCCUCCCUCUCUCCGGCAUGUUGACCUCCUCGAGGAGAGGGCCGCCGUCCCUCGUCAACGAAAGCUCGAACACACCGUCGCUGACGGAGCUGAGCAGCACUGAGGACUCGUCCCUGGGCUCCGAAGACUUCGCCACACUCCGGAGUCAACGCCGCCGCCUCCAUCUCCUCCUCCCAGACCGCGCCUCCUCCCCCAACGCCAACGCCAGCUCCUGCGAGAGACGUUGCCCCAGAAACGGCCAAGGAGGGCACGGCAUAGACGAGGCGGACGUGGGCAGCCUGAGCCUCCUGGUCAACGUCUCGUGCUCCUCGGCGUGCACGGACGAGGACGAGGACGACAGCGACCUCCUCUCCUCCUCGACGCUCACCCUCACCGAGGAGGAGCUCGGCGUUCGAGACGGAGAGGAGGAGCACGGCGAAAGGUUGAGCGGCGGCUCUUCCGGUGACGAGGAGGAUGAGGAGGAGAUGGAGGGGUCAUACGUCCUGGGACUGGAGUACAUGAAGAGGGAGCUGCAGAGUUGGAUCCGAUGUCCCCGCGCCUCCUCCUCCUCCUCCUCUAAAACGGAGGCGGUGCUCAGGGACGAGCUGCAGUGCGGUACCAACCCGCCCUCCACCUUCACCUCCUCCUCUCACAGCAUUCCCAACCGCACCAAAUCAACGGAGGCCAACAGCCAAACCCAAAGAGACCAGGAGGAGGAGGAGAACCGCAGGAACGCCGCCAGGAGCCUCAUCAGCCAUUAUGUGGACGACGUGGAGAACGGGAACGUGGAGCAGAGCGGCCCCCCUACGAAGGACGAGGACGUCGAGCUCCUCCGAGAGGAGGCCAGCGUCUUCGCCAAGAAGGGGGGGGCGCCGAGGGGGUCCUACGUCUUCAAAACCACAGAGUCAGCUCAGGAGCCCCGCUCCACCAGCGAGCUCCUCCCCUUCUUCUCAAAAUGUGCCUCCUCCCUGGUGGGACAGCUGAGAGGGGAGCUGCCCUGCCACAGCUCCUCCCUCCCCUCGCCUCCCUCCCUCUCGCCCCUCGAGGACUGCAGGUCCCACGAUGCAUUGCCCGGCGGAGGGCGCAAGGCCAUCACCAGCCAGGAGAAGUUCAAAUUCUCCUCUUUUGUGAAGGAGGAGACAAGGAGCCAAGUCCGGGACAGGAAGUCUUCCCUGCCGCCCAAGAAACGCCACAGCUCUCACCCCUCCUGCUGCGGCCGCCUCCCCUCGCCCUCCUCGCCCUCCUCCCCCCACCCACCGGGCGGGGAGCAGAAGGAGAACGUGCACGACUUUGUGAUGGAGAUCAUCGACAUGACGUCCCUCGCUCUGAAGAGCAAAGAGACUCCACCCGAAGAGCCGGAGCGGGCGCAGCUCCACCCGCUGUCCCACAUCAGAGACAAGGUCCUCCAGCACUCCCACCAGCCUCUCCACCUGAAGAAGGGAGACUUCUACUCCUACCUGUCUCUCUCCUCUCACGACAGCGACUGCGGCGAAGUGAGCCGGUGCUCCGAGGACGGGAGCUCGUCCCCGGCGCCGGACGGGCCCCCGGGCGCCGCCUCCCCGCCCCCCAGCCCGGACAUCCGGGACGAGGAGACCCUGUUCGCCGCCUGCACGGAGGAGGUGUACCUGGGCCCGCCGCUCUGCUACAGCAUGGCGCUCCCCAAGAAGUCCCGGGGUCCCCCCCUCGGUCCGACUCACCUGUCCCACUCGGGGGGGUUCCUGUUGUCCACAGAUUUCCCAGCGUCCGGCCCCUCCUCCUCCUCCUCCUCAUCUCCUUUCCUUCAGCCUGGCUGCAGCCCGCCCACCGCCCCCCUCCAGUGGCUCGGCUGCCUCACCCCCUCCCCUCCCCCCGCCCCCCCUCCCUCGUCCUCCGCCGCCGAGCGGGAGAGGCGAGGUGAGGACCUGCGUCUCCUCUGUGAUGUCGCUGGAGGAGCAGCAGGCGCGCCGCGGGAGGAGGGGAGUCGUAAUGAGGGGCCUCCUUAUCUUAAUCCCCGGGCGCGUGUCCCCCCUCCGAUGGACUCCUCCAGCGCCGCAUGUCUGGCAGAUACUGGAACGCUGCGAUCCAAUAUGGGCGCCGUAAUGACGGCGAUAAGUGUCUGCGGCUCCGCUACAAAUCCCUCAAAAGAGCCCGCCGCCACGCGCAUUAAUCCCAAAAUGAACUGCUGCGCGAUCAGGGAGGCCGAUAGGGGGGGGGGCAGGCGAGGAGAGGCGGAUACCUGGCGAGCGAGGCAGGAAGCGAGGACGGCGGCGCAGGAGAAGUCUGCUGCCAGCAGGAGGUCAAAAGCUUCAAUGAUAACGCCCACCUCCAGGAGAAAGGCAGGAGGGACACCUCCUGUCCUGGGACCCGGAGCCUCCAGGAUCCAGCUGUGAGGGAGAAAAUCCAGUUCAAUAAUAACUAGAACAUCUCAUCAUUGAAGCUUUGAACAUGUUGGAUGGUUACGAUUUAAAUGUUUUGCAGUUGAAUCUUUAUAUUUCUAAAAGGAAUCAAAAUGUCGUUCUACAUUUAGAAUCUGCUUCAUCUAAAUGUAAUUCAUUUUUUUAAUUUUUAAAGUAUCUUAUGACGAGAAGCAGAGCUGACUUGGGAUCAGCUGUUUGGCCUCACAGUUGCACCCUGGGUAAAGAUGAAGGUACACAGCUAGCUUUGAUCAAUAGGUCGUCAAAUCAAAGCUGUUAACGCGUUUUCUUUCCUUGGCUUGUCGACAUUUGGUUAGUUAAGAUAAAAAUGAACAUCGUCCAAGUCUCACAAAACUUAAUAUUAAUAUUAAUGAGAUUAGUUUUCUAUAUUUGUCGAUUAAAGCUGCAUUAACUGACCAGCAGGGGGCAGAACGAUCUCCAGGUACCUCUAUGAUUACUGCUUUAUGGAGUACACUGUUACAUACUCACUAAACAGGAAGUGACUGAGAAGGACGUCAAGACGCCGUGUCCGAGCUGUCAAUCGUCAUUUCCUCAUAGACGUCUAUGGGAGCAGAGGAGUCGCCCCCUGCUGGUCACUACACAGAAGUAGAGUCAUUUCCUCAUAGACGUCUAUGGGAGCAGAGGAGUCGCCCCCUGCUGGUCACUACACAGAAGUAGAGUCAUUUCCUCAUAGACGUCUAUGGGAGCAGAGGAGUCGCACCCUGCUGGUCACUACACAGAAGUAGAGUCAUUUCCUCAUAGACGUCUAUGGGAGCAGAGGAGUCGCCCCCUGAUGGUCACUACACAGAAGUAGAGCCAUUUCCUCAUAGACGUCUAUGGGAGCAGAGGAGUCGCCCCCUGAUGGUCACUACACAGAAGUAGAGUCAUUUCCUCAUAGACGUCUAUGGGAGCAGAGGAGUCGCCCCCUGCUGGUCAC